UUCUCGUCCCUGCUCCUCUGACAAGCAUCCCGGGGCCGGGAGUCCAGCUGCCAGGCGCGGGGUGGGCGCGGACGCGGGGGCGCUGGGCUCGCGCGGAGCUCCGAUCGUCGCGAUGAACAUCGUGGUGGAGUUCUUCGUGGUCACUUUCAAAGUGCUCUGGGCAUUUGUGCUGGCGGCGGCGCGCUGGUUGGUGCGGCCCAAGGAGAAGAGCGUGGCGGGCCAGGUGUGUCUCAUCACCGGCGCCGGCAGCGGCCUGGGCCGUCUCUUCGCGCUCGAGUUCGCCAGGCGCCGGGCACUGCUGGUGCUCUGGGACAUCAACACCCAGAGCAACGAGGAGACGGCGGGCAUGGUGCGCCACAUCUACCGCGACCUAGAAGCGGCCGACGCCGCGGCGCUGCAAGCUGGGAAUGGUGAGGAAGAAAUUCUGCCCCACUGUAACUUGCAGGUUUUUACCUACACCUGUGAUGUGGGGAAGAGAGAGAAUGUCUACCUGACAGCUGAAAGGGUCCGCAAGGAAGUCGGUGAGGUCUCGGUCCUGGUCAAUAAUGCUGGCGUGGUCUCUGGGCAUCACCUUCUGGAAUGUCCUGACGAGCUCAUUGAGAGAACCAUGAUGGUCAAUUGCCACGCUCACUUCUGGACCACCAAGGCUUUUCUGCCUACGAUGCUGGAGAUUAAUCAUGGUCACAUUGUGACAGUUGCAAGUUCCUUGGGACUGUUCAGUACUGCUGGAGUUGAGGAUUACUGUGCCAGUAAAUUUGGAGUCGUAGGUUUUCAUGAAUCCCUGAGCCACGAGCUAAAGGCUGCUGAGAAGGAUGGGAUUAAAACAACCUUGGUUUGCCCUUACCUUGUAGACACUGGCAUGUUCAGAGGCUGCCGAAUAAGGAAAGAAAUUGAACCUUUUUUGCCACCCCUGAAGCCCGAUUACUGUGUGAAGCAGGCCAUGAAGGCCAUCCUCACUGACCAGCCCAUGAUCUGCACCCCCCGCCUCAUGUACAUCGUGACCUUCAUGAAGAGCAUCCUCCCUUUCGAAGCAGUCGUGUGCAUGUACCGGUUCCUAGGCGCAGACAAGUGCAUGUACCCCUUCAUUGCGCAAAGAAAACAAGCCACAAACAAUAAUGAAGCAAAAAAUGGAAUCUAAGAAUUUUUUUGUAUGGAAUAGUGUUUCUAUCAGAAGACGAUCAAGACGUUUCAAACAGUCCAGUGCACAUCAUCAGCAUUACUGACAUUCUCUGGAUUCUAAACCCGUGUUGAUUUUUUUUUUUAAUCAACUUUUUAAAAAGAAAAAUAAUAAAGUGUAAAUUAACUGACUAGAGUACUUGGAAAAUGUGAUCAGUAAAAGUGAGCUUAGGUUGUCGCCAGUAGGGUCCUUUUAAACAGAACCCUACAAUCUGUCCAAUCUUUAGACAAGCACUGUGUGAAUAUCUUCAGGCUACUCUUAUUUUUCUAAUGAACAGACAGUCUAGAAAUGAUGACUACAGCAUGUUUCACAUGUGGGAUUUUUUCUGAAUUCCCGAGUUUAUUCAUUUGUUAAACUCUAGCCAGUUGACAUCCUUGACGUUUCAAGGACCGAUAGUGCUCUAUUUUUGUCAUGUUUUCUAAGUUGCAGUUUUACAAAGCCUGCGUGGCUUUUUCAUGGUGUUUGUAUGUUUGGCUCUUUUAAAAAGGAAUUUUGACAUCUCCAUCACUUUGAAGUAAAUAAUGUCUGAGUGUUACCGCAAAGGUGAUCAGGUCUCGUUCUUAACAUGACGAUGACUAAAGCAUUUGUUGACUUUUUACUUUCAUCUCUGAAAUACUACAUGAAGUGUCUGGAGACCUCCUUACCCAAAAAGAUCAUACCUUUUCUACCUAUGAAUUGUGCUGCAUACAGAAAGUGCCCUUUCCGCAGGAAGUUGCUGUGUCUCGUUUCUUUGGCUGGACUCUUCUCUAGAUUACAUAGCAGCUUUGCAAAGGAAUCGUUUCUCGAAACGGGAACUUCUUCAUUCAAAAAAAAAGUUCCCAUCUUUGUGCCAACAAAAAUAGUGAGGGGGAAAAUCUUAUUCUAGGGAGUAUGUAUGGAAGGGUGUAAAGAUUCUUUUGAAAGGUUUAUUCACAUUGUAGAACAGCAAAUGACAUUUUUACAGUAUUUUUUUGUAAAGCAAACUAUUUUGUGCCUUGAAUUUGGUAUAUGUGUAUUAGUGACACAUUGUAAAAGUGAACUUCUACCUCUGUAUCUAAAUGUAUACCAUCCGCUUGUAAAUUCCUAUAAACUAUUAUGUGAUUGCUUUUUUUUUUUUUUUUUUUAGAAUGUCUUGUUUAAAAUAGUGACCAAUGUUUAAGGCUUUUAAAAUAAGCCAACUUUUACUAAUUGGAAGUUUUAUAAAGGACUGAUUAAAUUUAAAGAAUUAACUUACAUACAACUGACUACGUGAUUAUUAAUUAUCGACAGUAUUGUAAGGAAAAUCACUGUGUGAUUUUUAUCCCCACAUGCCUUGGUUAAAGAAAAUUGUUUGAGUAAGAUGGUAUUCGGGAGCAGACAUGAAGCAUUCACAACUGAAGAUGCCACGCAUUCGCGUUCCCAGUGUUAGCAUCUACUUAGACUAGAUACUUUAUCAAGGGCUUAUUUAUAUUAAAAGCUGCAGUAAGAAGAACCACAAUACCUUUGUGUCAGUUUGGCCACCUCAGGGACUACGUCUGCCCUGUGUCCACAUGCGAGAAAGGCCCUUCUCUGCUCAUGUCCCCAACCCUGGUCUUAAGGCAGAGUUUCGUUGUUUGUUUAAAUUACUCUUUACAAAUGAUGAGCCAACCUUGAGGCCAUUAUGAUCAUGGAAGCACUGGCUGCCUCUUAUUUUUCAGUUAUGGAUUUAAACAAGUACUUUGAAAUAGUCUCACCACAAUGUGGAGUGGGUCAGAUACUUUCAGAGGUUAUCCAGGGCCAUCUCUGAGCUACCCUGGAGCACACACAAACCAUUCUAGAGAAAUCCGUUCUAAUUUAAUGACCGAAUUUUCAACCUUUAAGGAAAAUUGUCUUUACAUUUUAAUUUUUUUUUCUUGUGUGUUGUGAUUUAAACUUAUUUCUAUUUUUCUUUGUUAUUGCCCUUAUACGAUUCUCCAUCUCCAAGCUUAAUAAACCUAAUUCAUUUAA